AUGGAGGCGUACGAUUUUGGGCGGGAAACAGACUCGGAGAGCGAGUCUGGUGUGGAUGAAACGUGCAUGGUCGGCUAUCCCGUCUCGCCCUCUUGGAGCUCGACCGUCGAACCAACGAGUGCCUCAACUGCUAGCAGCAGGAUACCGCCCAACGGCAGUUUGAGUGGCCCUACGUCGGCACAAGGUGUCGUGCACACUCUAGGCCCCGAAGAUGUCGAGGAUGUCGUGCCUGCUUCCGAGCUGAACCAACGACUCAAGGAGCUGGCCCAUGCCGCCCAGGCUGCUGAUACCGAAGCGGAGGAACUGGACAAGCGCGUGUGUGAAAUUCAGGCCCGGACGAUUGCCCUCGAAGCCGUUCGAGAGCGCAAGGAAAAGGCAGUGCACACGGUCACCUCAGAACUUGAGGCUGCCGAGCGACAAGUUAUUGUCUUGCGUCGGCAGCAACAGUUGGCUCGUCAGGCCACUCUACAAGCAGGUCAUGCUGUCACCGCCUCUCACCUCAAGGCCAAAACCGCCGCCGAACUCUUGGCAGGCGUCCAGCGGCGUCAACAGCACGUUCAAGCCGAGUUGCGUGUGAUCGAGCAAGCCCUUGUACGACGGGCACGGCUCAAGGCCCAGGAGCGAGCACAGGCGACCUGGGGUCUACAGCGACAAGCCGCGCGCUGUGCCCAGGCCAUGCUCCAACAUACUGCAUGGGCGCACCUCCUGGAAAGCAUUUCUUCACGCGUGACGCCCCUGCCCGAACGGCGUUUGAUUCGUGUGCCUCGUGAGCACAGCCAGGCCAGCCCCCAGACUCUGACGCGUGUGCAUCUUCAACGUUUGGCGCGCCCUUACCGCAGCCCGCUGACGGUCAUUGCUGCGUACCGCCGUCGGCGUAUUCUUCAAGAGCGCCGCUCGCCAAGCGAGCUCCUCAGCUCGCAAAAUGCCUCCACACUCGAUCCCCAUCAGCCCCUGUGUUGGGCCUCCCUAAAAGGCGUCUGCAACGAUGAUGCAUGUCCCCUGCAGCAUCUCACACCCGAGAACCAGGCGCCCUCCACUCGAGCCAAGGCGAGCGAAGAUGUCGACGACAAGGAGGAAGUGGACAGCGUGAUAGGCCUUGAGCACACUUCGCCGUCUUUGCACGAUGCGGCUGGCCCUGUCAGAUACUUUUUGAACAGCACCUAUGUUCUAGAGCAUGCACUAGACCUGGAAUGCGAGUGGUGUGAACUGCAAAGUGCCGAGGCUGCGCGAGAAUACGUUACUUGGGUCGAUGCGCAUGAGGCCGAUCUGCGUCGUCAGCUGCGCUGGUUGACAACCCCAGUGCCGGUUGGGGCCCAGGUCUAUCUCGGGCUGCUGGAGCGCUAUGACAAAGCUGCACACCGCUCUGCCAGGCCGCCAUCGAACAUCUGGCUCGAUGCUUACGAGUACCUUUUACAUCACAAUUUUCCGUACGAUAGAAAAGAUCUGAUUGACGAUAGCCAUGCCUUUGACCUGGCCCCGUGCGUGAUUUUGCUCACACUGAAUGGGGCCGACACGCAAGAUGUCACAACAACCGUCUUUAAUCACGCUUGUGAGGCUUUGAUCGCCGACAAUGAGUUGGACUGCCUGGAGGCAUUAUGGCUCAAGCACCUUCAAGAUACACCUUCCCGAGAACGCUAUCUUGGCGCUCUUGCAUUCUUUUGGCACCGCUUUGAUGGACUCACACUUGGAUUGUGGCGCUUGCUGGCCCGCAUCGUUCUGACACUGGUUCAGAUGGACGCGCAUGCGGGACAUUUAGCCCAGGCACUGGUUCGGCUAGCCGUGGCUUUGGGGCUUGAUCUGGACGCCCUCCAACCCAAUUUAGCCGAUCCUGACACCGUGGCAGCCGAGGACUUUAUCAAUCUGAUGGCCUUUCAAGUGGAGGCUAGUGUGGACGAGCGCGUGUGUGACUGGAAUUGCUUGUUUGCUUGUUUGCUCUGGCUGGGGCAGGAGGGUCAUCUACCUCCUCUGCUCACAGACAUGGGCGAUGCUCUGGCACUGGUGGACUUUGCGUGGGAUUCCUGGUUUUUGACUCUGCACCGUUUACCUGCAAAGGCCGAUGUCCUCUUUCCUGCUUUGAACCUGAAGGGCCUUAUGGGUGGGGCCAUGGUGCUCUGCCCGCGCCCUGAAACGUUGGCCACCUUGGCUGAAGGUGUCCUCCAAUUAUGCUCAACCAUGUCUGCUUCGCCCCUGGCCCGAGCCUUGGCUUGCAGCCUGCGCGUGGCCAGUGCUCAGAUGCAUCCGGCAGAUUCGCGCACCCAGGCUCUUCUGCACCGUCUGCACAGCUGGAUUGAUGGAGACGUUCAAGGCAAUAAUGAAGCUGCGUCCCAGCUUGAUUGCAACGCGCCACAAUCUGAAGCCGGUGCACCGCAAUCGGCGCCAGACUGGUAUUCGGAGCCGGAGAGUGUCACCCAGCGCGCGUUGACAGAGCUGGCCGGGGGCAGGGUGGACGUGGCACGCCAGCUCUCUUUUGCAAAGGCACGCUGCCGUUUUUCAAGGAUUGGCGGUGCAGGCGCGUGGAAUUGGCGUAUGGAGCUGCAAAGCCUCGUGCCGCCAAGGUUUUUGAAUACAGACGUUCAGUGCCCUUUGUGACUUUGUGGCUUUCGAGGGUUUUACAUUCUCGGCCUGUCAUUGGGGUUGUGUACCACAUUGCAGACUCUUGUUACAUGUCAAGCAUUUUGAGUUGGCAGAAACGGUAUGGUUGCACUGUUUUCCCCCCAUCACCCGGCCUGUCUUUAACCUCGUGUGUCCAUGUGUGUGUCUGGG